CUGCGCAUGCCGGGAGGCGGCGAGGAUUUUGCGGCAGCAGCAGCAGCAGGACCGGAGGCGGCCGGACGGACGGAGAGAGGCAGACCCGGGAAGGAGGAGCCGCCGCUGCCGCCGCCGCGAUGCCGGAGCUGGCGGUGGAGCGCGUGGUGGUGCACCCGCUGGUGCUGCUCAGCGUCGUCGACCACUUCAACCGGAUAGGAAAAGUUGGGAAUCAGAAGCGAGUGGUUGGGGUCCUCUUGGGCUCAUGGCAGAAGAAGACACUGGAUGUGUCCAACAGCUUUGCAGUCCCCUUUGAUGAAGAUGACAAAGAUGACUCUGUAUGGUUUCUGGACCACGACUACCUGGAGAACAUGUAUGGGAUGUUCAAGAAAGUCAACGCCAGAGAGAGGAUCGUGGGAUGGUACCACACUGGACCCAAGCUGCACAAGAACGACAUUGCGAUCAACGAGCUCAUGAAGAGAUACUGCUCAAACUCGGUGCUGGUAAUUAUUGACGUGAAGCCCAAGGACCUGGGCUUGCCCACAGAAGCCUACAUCUCUGUUGAAGAAGUGCACGAUGAUGGGACGCCAACUUCCAAGACCUUUGAACACGUGACCAGUGAAAUUGGAGCUGAGGAAGCCGAGGAAGUCGGGGUGGAGCACUUGCUACGUGAUAUUAAGGACACCACCGUUGGCACUCUCUCCCAGCGCAUCACCAACCAGGUACACGGCUUGAAGGGACUGAACUCCAAGCUCCUAGACAUUCAGAGCUACUUGGAGAAAGUGGCUGUGGGCAAGUUGCCCAUCAACCACCAGAUCAUCUACCAGCUGCAGGAUGUGUUCAACCUGCUGCCGGACGUCAACUUGCAAGAAUUUGUCAAGGCCUUUUACUUGAAGACCAACGACCAGAUGGUGGUGGUCUACUUAGCUUCCCUCAUCCGCUCUGUGGUUGCCCUCCACAACCUGAUUAACAACAAGAUUGCCAACAGAGAUGCGGAGAAGAAGGAGGGGCAGGAGAAAGAGGAGAGCAAGAAGGAGAGGAAAGACGAGAAAGAGAAAGACAAGGAGAAGGCGGAUGCCAAGAAGGACGAGAAAAAGGAGAAGAAGUAGAAUUGGGGGUGGGGGGGCGGCAUUAAAACCUU